AGUGGGCUGAGACCGGGGCUGGGUUUGGCCUCUUCUCCCUCCCUCUGGAACGUGCAGGCAGUCUGCAGAUCAGGUCUGCAGAAACUCCCCGGGGCACUGAGCUCCAGGCGGCAGCCGAGCAGCUGCUGCCUCCCCCCUGCAACGCGUCUGCCAGAAACCAUAGCUUAAAUUAGAGCAACUUCAGUGAUUCAUUAGUAAAUACAGACUCGAGCUGCUAUUUUGCUAAGCAGGCAAGUUCCCAUGCGUCACUGUGGCCUCUGGAGCGAGGGGGGAAGCCGGCAGCUGCUGAGCAGCGAGCUGCGGCCGGCGGGGAAGCUGAUUCCGGCUCCUUUUGGUGUGCGGCCGCGGCGGGGACCCGGGAGCUCCGGGCACCCUCGCUAGCCGGCACCCGGCUGCGGAUGAGCCCAGAGCAAAUGCCUGCAGCUAGAUGCUCAAAUGCUGGUGCAGCAUCUUAGCGCUUCUAUUCCGGGCAUGUCGGUCCUUUCCCUUCCCCAGCCGCGGUUCAAGGCUGGGUAGCCGGGGCUGCCCCAAACCUGCCCUCCUCCCGCUGGAGCUUGCCCCGUCUGUCGCUGAACAACUGGGGCAAGCGGCAGGGGCCAGGGAGGUGUCUGGGGGGUGCGGGAGGGCAGAUGUGCACGGACCUGAACACGCUGAUGGCUGGUGCUGCCCUCGCCCUGUCUGUGCUCAGCCUGUCCCGCAGGUCGUCUCCCUGGGGAACCAGUCAGCCCUCGUGGACAGGUCCAGGAACACCGUGACUUACUACGUGACCUCGCAGAGCAACCGCACCACCGUCGUGCUGUACGACAGCAGGAACGGCUACGUGUGCUACAAGCCCCCGGAGCAGCACGCGUGCUACCUGAGGAGGAUGGACUCCCGGGACCUCCGCAACGUGCAGGCGUCUCUCAACGCGUCCGAGCAAGGAGUCGAUCAACCUCUGCUUCACAACAACCAAACCAAGUACUACAGAGAGUUCCUGGGCGUUUCGGCAGGGAAACAGGUGGAUCCGAAAAGCCUGGGGGAGGCUGUCCAAAACCUGUGCGAACAGACAUCCAUCUUCUGGGUCAGGCGAGGGGAGGGUCCAGGGAGGCAGCGACUGAUCUACCUUUGCAUUGACAUAUGUUUUCCAAGCAACGUUUGUGUGUCUAUCUGCUUCUAUUACCUCCCCGAGUAAGUCCUGCAGCCGCGGAUGCCCCCUCGUUGCUCUGCACACUUGAAC